ACAAUUACAGUGUCAAAUAAAUUUCUCUUCGAUACAUUAUCGUUUGCACUUGAUUCGAGUUUUUCAAUCAAUUUUCCACCUCCACAAAUUAAUAUUCAGCUGUACUGAACACCCAGACUUUUUUUAGCUGGUUCAAACUAUGUUUGGCUUGUUUUUUGUAUAGAUUUUAUGGUAUUGGUCAAGGUUAAAGAUUUUGAGAGUUCACAUCGAUUGUGCCGAAAAAUUAUUUCUCAUUCUCUUUGUAACGUUGUGUUUGUUAGUGUGUUUGUUAUAUUCAGUCCGAAAUUAUUUUUAGGUUUUUUUCAUCUACUUAUACUCACUCAAUCAACAGCCAUGUCUUCUGAUGAUAAUACUCUUAGUGCCGUCCUUCAAGGAAAUGCACUAUUUACAAGAAACGCUUAUCAAAUUUUUGCCGAAGAAAAAGGCAAAAACAUAUUUUUUUCGCCAAUAAGUAUACAUUCGAUUUUAUCCCUGGCCGCUCAAGGGGCCAAAGGUGAUUCUCAAAAAGCUUUUAUUAAGGCUCUUCAAGUUUCCGAUAUCCAAACAUUAGCAUCCGGUUACCAAUCUGCUAUGAAAAAGUUGAAUUCUAUCGAAGACGUAACUUUAUUAAUGGCUAAUAAGGUGUACGUUAAACAGAGUUACUUGCUUCAAGAUGAAUUUAAAAGUAAAGCCGUGGAUUAUUUCCUCUCCGAGGUCCAGAACAUAGACUUUACAAAAAAUAUAGACGCAGCUAAAACCAUCAACAAUUGGGUAGAAGGAAAAACAAACAGCAAAAUCAAGGAUUUAAUACAACCCGAUGAUCUAGAUGAUUACACUCGUUUGAUUUUGAUAAACGCUAUUUACUUCAAAGGCAAAUGGGCAGAACCUUUCGAUCGUAAAUCGACAAAAACCGAAAAAUUCUAUUUAAAUAAAACCGAUACCAUCGAUGUUCAGAUGAUGCACACUAAAAAGAAAUUCUACUUCAAAAAUGACGAGGCUUUAGAUGCUAAGGUAUUGGAAUUACCGUAUACCAAUAGGGACUUGAGCAUGAUCGUUAUUUUGCCCAACCAAAUCGAUGGUAUCGAUGAUUUGGAAGCUAAAUUAGCUAAAACGGACCUGACCAAGAUAACCGAGAACAUGUAUAGACCGGAUGUAAUCGUAGCUCUGCCUAAAUUUAAAAUUGAAACCACCAUAGAUCUGGAGGAACCUUUAAAAAAGAUGGGUCUUGAUGUCGUCUUCACCGAAAAUGCCGAUUUCAGCGGCAUGCUUAAGAGCCCCGAACCAUUAUGUAUCAGCAAAGUUAUACACAAAGCUUUUAUUGAGGUUAACGAGGAAGGAGCCGAAGCUGCCGCAGCUACUGCUAUGGGAAUUAUGUUAUGUUGUAUGCCUCCACCUCCAGAAGAAUUUACCGCAAACCAUCCAUUCCUAGUAAUUCUUCAAGGAAAAAAAGAAGACAGCGAUCUAUUAUUUUUUGGAAAAAUCACAAAUCCUACAUCUUAAUUUCAAUAUUUAUAUGAUUUUAUAAAAAAAAUAGCGAAUUAUUGUUCUAAACUUGAUAAGUAUACAAAAAACACUUGGUAUUUAUUUCCAAGAUAGACAUGACAGCAAUAAAAACGCGAAAAGAAUUAACAGGACCGUAUUUUAUAAUGUAGUGAAAGGCAAAUCGGCGAUAUUCAACGUAAAAACUAAUUCCAAUCCUGUAAAACGUACGUCGACUGCAGGUGUAUGGCGUUUUAAACUUUUACGACAAAUAAAAUAAAAUUUGCGUCUUCUCUAUUUUGAAAAUAAAUAAUAUGCACAAUGACUCUUGGAAAAAUAUUAUUUUCGCAAAUUAUAUAUCAAGUGUAUACUUUUUAAGUUACGAAAACAUAAAAAUCAAAGCAAAACUUGAUUUAAUAAACCUCGUAAAAUCUGUAGAUGUUAUCCUUGAUAUCCCCAACCCAAAAUAACUGUUUUUAUGCUUUUUUUUUAAUCUUCAAAUUGUUACUAAUCACAUUUAUCAUUUUAAAAAGAAAAUUAUCUACUUUUUGUUAUCAUUACUAAUAAAAUAUAUUUUCAACAUGUUGCAAUAAAUAUAUGAUAAUAUUUCUGCCUGCAAAUUCUGCUUUAAUAAUACCUGGUUCAGAAAGCGCGAAAUCGCCGCGUCCAUUUGAAUGCGAAUAAGUUGAGUCUCAACGAAAUCCGCAUGUACAUUACCGGUCAAAAGUUUUUGCACGCCCUAUAGUUUGCGCGAUACACAACAAAUAUAAACAAUACGUAUUUAAAUUUUUCCAUUCCCCUUAAUGCACAUUUUUUUAAUCAAUUUAGGUACAAAGUCCCGUCAAACUGCACCAAUAUCUUGUUUCUUUUCUGAUUUUUUUUACCCGUGCUAUCUUUUUUUGAACAACGUACUGCACAAUUUCUACAAGGUACAGCCUUUUUUUUCAGUUGGAGGAAUAAAGUCAAGAAAAUGUUCCGUUAGGCCCCUUUCACACCAAACGAAUCCGGAUCACUCCGAAUCAAGUUGAAUAUGAUUCGUCAUCUCCACUCUUUCACACCAGCUGAAUUACUGAGUCAUAAAUUACACUAUUUUCUUUUAAAAUUAAUAACUCCACGUCCAUCUGGUAUAGUUGUUGAUUCAAGACUGACCGGACGAGGAAUCUGACAGGUUGAAUCAAGUGCGACCUCGAAUCAAACCUGAUUGAACCAGAUUCGUCCGGUCUGAAAGCGGGAAAAGAGUCCCUUCACAUUUAAACGGAGCGCUCGAAGCCGAAUCUCGGUCAAUCAGAUUCAACUUGAUUCGGAGUGAUUCUGAUUGAUUCGGAUUCGUUUGGUGUUAAAGGGCCCUUAGUCGUAAUGGUCCCAUAUGUCUUUGUCGCUUUCAAGUGAUAUUUUUCUAUCAUUUCCUGUAUCAGUUUUGUUCUGUAUUUCAAAUUAUCCAUCGCACCUUCAUACUUUUUGUACAAAAUAAAAGAAUUGAAAGUAGCAAAAUCAAAUAUGUAAGCGUUGAUCUAAUCUAUCGACGCCUCCCAUGGUGUUAUUGUAGUCCACAACUAGUUUAGGUUUCUUUAUGGGAUUACCUUCUUCAUCUUUAUUCGCAGUUAGGACAUUUUCGGGAUUGUAAAUUGUCCACAAAUUUCUUUCUUGUCAUGCCACUUCAUUACCUGGACUUUUUUCUUUGGAAUGCUAUAGAUUUUUGGAUACAAGGAAAUCUGCUUGUUGUGGAGACGUGUAAUUAUUGUCGGUCGUUACACAAUAUCCCAUAUCUAGUAGAGAGUCUGCUAACGACAAUACGACCUGUAAAGUCAUAGGCAUGUCUUUAUAUUUUUGAGAUAUUAUAUUUCUAUAUUAACCGUGACCCAUACGGAGUUGUAAUGUCACGGAGGUGUGCAUUAAGCGGUUUCCAUGUAACUCCUUUUUGUUUUUAUUAUUUCGGUGUACAAUUUUGACAUUUUCUGUAACAAUGUAGACAAAUAAUCAUCGUCUAUUUGGUGCACGAUAUUCCAAAGAUGUCCGACACUUCUUACUAACUUCCCCGUCCAAUUUCUCCUACAACAACUCAAUCGGUCAGAGUUCCUGCCACUGUGACGACCAAAUCACUACUUUCAGUACAUUGUUCCUUUCCAUGUUUUACAAAUACACUUUGUACAGCUUCAAGGGAUCGUUGUCAUACGGGAAUCUAAAUUGUCUGCCGAUCAGAACGUACUAUAUUUUUUAUAGCUUUCUUUCGUCUAAUUUUCCAGUUUCCAGUCGCCGAACCUCAGCCGGGAAUUACCCAUGGAUCCAACAUACGUUUUUCCUUUGAGCUGCGCACAAACAAUUUUAUCUUAGGUCCAAAUAACUCAAACUUUGCCUAUUUGCUCCUUUUUAGUUUAUUGUGACGUCCCAAAAAUGUUUCUUUACGUCCACCCUUUCAUGAAAGGCCUUCUCUCAAUCUCCUUUUUAAUGUAGAAGAUACUCAAAGAUCACUAGAUUCAUUGAUCUGCUAUUUUUGGUCCGUGAGUGGUCAAUCACGUUUACUGCUUAAUACAAUACGUUUAUCCUCUGCGAUUGUGACUGUUUUCUAUCCCAAAAUCUUCUUCUGGAUGCGUAUUUUUCGCGUUGUAGUCCACGGUAGGUGAAGGUAUUUUUAAUUCGGCGAAAAUGGCACGGACUUGCGAUUAAUGUACGAAUUUCAACUUAAUUUUGCGAGAACGAAACCAAUUCGUAUACUGCCACUAUUAUUUUUAGUCAAUAAGACACCGUUUCGAUCUAGAAAUUUGUUAAAAGUGUAUUAUUUUGAAAUUUAAUGAAGUAGGCAAAAACUUUUGACAAAUAGUAUAAAUAUAAACGCAACGCGCGUAUAUUCGAAAAUCUGGGGCAGAAAAUUCGCUUCUUCUGAAUUAGGUAUUUUUUCACCAUAAAACUUCUCGCUUUUUUUUUAAAUUCCAGCAAUUAUUACUAUGGUUGGAAUGUGCUUGCGUUUUCCUGAAGAAUUAAUUGUCGAUCAUCCUUUUGUUAUAAUUUUACAACAUCGCAACACCGAAACGAACCAAAACAAUAUUCUUUUCAAAGGAAGAAUAAUUCACGAAUUGGGGAAUGAAAUUAACUAAUAUUAUACGUUUUAUUAAAAUUUUCAACUAAAAAAACGAUAUUUUGUAUUAAUUUUUAUAUUAAUAACAUGCUUUCAGCUGUUUCGAUGGUUUACCUUUGUGCUUUCAUCGAAACUUCCGAUCCUGAAAAAUUUGUUGUCGACAGACCAUUUAUGGUACUUCUAACCACUGCCGAUGAAAAAACUCGUUACGUGUUGUUUGCAGGAAAAAUAACAAAUCCAGUAAACCUCGAUUAUUGAUAUUAGCAAUUUGUUAUUAAAAUACGAGGUGGCGCCACUAAAUAACGUGACACGCGCUGUCAAACGUUUUAUUCUUAUUCAAUUCAAAAUACACCCUCUACUGUAUUCUCUACACGAGUUUACACGUAUCUAGCGUUCAGCUGUCCUCUUCUUCGCUUCAGGAUAGUGCCAAGAACUUUGCUCCUUUUUUCUUCGGUUCUAGCGUCGAAUGGGGACGAAGGACCAAUUCCUUAAAACCCACUCUACAAUUUAAUAGUCAUGGAAUAAUGGUGAUUUUCCCGCUGGAAUUAAGUUUCCUGCGAGAAGAUAAUUCCAGCGGGAAAAUCUUCAUAACCACGGUGGGUUUUAAGGAAUUAGUCCUUCGUCCCCAUCCGACGCUAGAACCGAAGACAAAAGGUACAAAGUUUCCUGCGAAAUUUAGUCAUUAGGUUUUAAUUUACCUUCAGUCUCUGAAGACGUUUAAUUUGGUUAUCGACAGUGUACUCAGUAUGAAUAUCACCAACGGUUCCAGAAAUUCCAACAUAGUUAAAUGCUAAACCCACUAGAGAUCCUUCUGAUCCUCAGAUUGACAGGAUUUCUAAUAGGUGGUUCCUCUUCUUUCUUUCUCCAGCUGGUUUUUCGGUUUUGUAUGCCUGGCGUAAUCCUUUCUGGUGUAGACUAUCAGCUGGAUAGUGGGUUGGAUCCUCCACUCUUGAAAUGUGUUCAGUCAGUUUCCUCCAAGAAUUUUUCCUCCCUCAGUAGAUCUGCUGGGUCCUGAUGUACCAAUUGACAUUCACUGCUUGCCUCAAGCUGAUAUUUCGCAGUUUCUUUCGAAUAACUCUUAGCCGUGUAUCCCCGCGUUUACAUAUAUAAAGUAUGAGGAUAAGGAAGGUCCUGAUUAGAUGGAAUUUGGUUCUCAAUUCCAGAUAAUAUUUUUGUUUUUCAUUUUUUGUUGUCAUAAUACAACUGAUUUCGAAAAAGGAAGCUACGCAUUAAUCAAUAAAUAUUUGGGUUAUAUGAAGAUUUACUUGAAUGUGAUACAUGUUAUGUUGUUUAGUAGUCAACCUCGUAUAUUGGGAGAAAAAUUUUAAAUAUAUUUAUGAUUAUUAACAUUAAUUAUAUUAUACCUAACAAAAUAAUUGAAAAUAAAAAGUUGGAAAUUCCAA